GUGAGGGGACUCGAUACCAUACGCAUCUCUUGGAAAUGAAAUGCCACCCGUUACGUAUCUGUCAAUCUAUAUAAUAAGCCCAACACCCCACUUUUCUAUUCCCACCUCCAAUGUUUCUAGAUAUUUAGUGCAUCCUCACACAAUCAGGAAUUUUCACACCCCGACAGUACUACUUUCAUGAUCAUAAACUGAGAAUUUUACAAGAAAAAAUUAUGGCGAUUUCCGAUGCGGUGGUGGGGAACCUGACGACGCUGUACCUGGUGGUUAUAGCGGCGAUUAAGGCAUAUGGACUGGCUGUGGGGCGGAGCUUCAGCAGUGGAUAUGUGCUGAUUCUGUCAACAGCUGUAGUUGGCUUAAUCUUGAUUGCGAGUCUGACUUGGGACGUGUCCCGGAAGGCCAGGUUUGCAUUGACACGCGACCAUAGCCAAGAAAUGUGCCGCGGCGGCAUCUGUUGGCACGGCGUCGCCGUUAAAUCGCCGGAGUCUCAGGUCCGGUUCCGGCUCCCUCAGCAGCAUAUUCAAUAAACCCCAGAAGCCGUUCCAAUGUGUUUGAGAUCAACCAGUCCAAUACUAGUCACUAUAUUAUGCUACAGAUAAAAAUAACACUGAAUAAUCAAAACAGGGUUCAAUUUUUUGCUUUUUACUAUGCUGUAAUUAUACUAUUCAGGAUUGAAUUAAAGAGUAUAUGUGUAUAUAAACUGAUGUUGUGUGUAUAUAUUUGAUGUGUGUAGAUGAGGAAGAUGGAUCUGAA